AUUACCUGCUGCUGCAGACCUACGCCCUGCGCCUGGAAGCCAUCCUCAACGCCAUCCUCCUGCUCUUCUACACCGCGGAGCUGCUGCUAGGCGUCCUCGCGCUGGUCUCCUUCUCCAGGUACCUCCGCGACACCGUAGGAGCCGCGUGGAUUCGUACUGAGGCCCCGCGCCACGCCAAAGGACCAGGCACAGAGCGGCACAG